AGUAUUCAGUCAGUCAGCCUAAAUAAACCUUAACCAGCCGACUGCAUUAGCUAGUAAAGCGUGUAGGAAUAUUACUAACUGGCUAAAUACGUUCUGUAUUUACGAAGUCAGCUAAGUCUGGAACAAGAACAGAUCCGAAAUCGAAAAUACCGCCACGGAUGUUCCUGUGGCAUUGCCCAAAAUAAGGUCAUCUUAAAGUUUAUAUUUGUAAUGGAGGAGCUACAUAUUCAUUGCCAGAACUGUGUGAACAGAAGAUGUAUGGUAAGACCAGAGACUGGCAUUUCCUGUGACCUUGUGGGCUGUCCACUUGUGUGUGGGGCAGUUUUCCACUCAUGUAAAGUGGAUGAACACCAUUUACUGUGCCCAUAUGAAAAGGUGCCCUGUGUAAACAGUGGUUUUGGAUGUCCAUUUACGAUUGCCAGAAUAAAAAUGGCACAGCACUUGGGAAUAUGCCCGGCCAGUGUUGUUUGCUGUACCAUGGAAUGGAACCGAUGGCCUGUGAGUUACGCUGAUCGUAAGUCCUAUGAGAACUUAAGUAAAGAAGUCUAUGACGUGGAGCAACUGGAUAUGGCUUUGGCCCUACAGGAUCAGCGUAUGCUUCUUGAGUCUCUCAAAGUAACAACUACUGUAACAAAAACAGCAGAGGAGGGCAGUGAGGAAAAUGAAAUCCAGGACGCAGAAAUGAACGGGGACUCAUACAAUGAACUUUAUAAGGCUUCAGUAGAGACAAGCAGAAACUUGGCAGCUGCUUUGGACAUUCUCAGCAGUGCAAACAAGGGUAUUGACUUGAUCAUGGAAAACCUCAGUGGUGUCAAAGUAGAUACAAAUGGAACUUGUCACAGUAAUCUAAAAGAGGGUCACUGUUCAGUGGAAUGUAAGACUGUGGAAAUGCAGGAAAGUGACACAGAUUCAGUGUGUGAGCUUGGAGCUGUAGGUGGAGUAGAUUGUGCUUUUCCUGCAGCAUAUGAAGAAGAAUGGAUAGAGAACAACGAAUUGCAUGUGUGUUCUGAAGAUGAACUGGAGGAGGAAAUAAGUGGUGGAAGAGAAGUCAAAGGACUGCCCCUGUGUAAUGGAUUUAAUAAUCAAGAAAAGGACCAUGAGCAUGUUGAUCUUGAAAUUCAUGUAGAGAGAGGCAGGAUCAAUGGUUUCUCUGACAUUCAUCCAGAGGUGCCUUAUAAUUCCAUGCCCAAUGUAGCAGAAGAGCCUGAAAUGGCUCAUCCACCACAAUUACCACUACCUCUCCAAAUACCUCUACCAGAUUUGGUACAGAACAAUGUUUUACAGCAACUGCCUGUUGAAAUUGAGGACCGGUGGCUGGAGCGCAAGUUGCAGAACCUCCAAGUGCUCAGAGGUAUGAGUGUGUUUACAUUCAAUGGACGGAGAACACUUCUGUCCAAUCCUUAUUUGCUUCGGGCUAAGAUGGAAGAUAAGGCAGUGGACACAUCUGACUUGGAGGUUGCAGAUGAUCCAAUAGGUCUUCAUGGCAUUGACCUCAUCACUGCUGCUUUGCUCUUCUGUCUUGGAGACUCACCUGGGGGCAGGGGAAUUUCAGACAGCCGCUUUGUAGAUGGUUAUCGGAUUGACUUUGGCACACAGACCUUUUCUUUUCCCUCUGCUAUAUUGGCCACCAGCACCAUGGUGGGUGAUAUUGCUUCAGCCUCAGCUUGUGACCAUGCCAGUCCACAGUUGUCCAAUCCCAGCCCCUUCCACACCCUUCGACUGGACUUAGUUCUGGAGUGUGUGGCUCGGUACCAAACAAAGCAGCGCUCCAUGUUCACUUUUGUUUGUGGGCAGCUGUUUCGCAGAGAUGAGUUCUCCUCCCAUUUUAAGAAUGUUCAUGGAGACAUCCAUGCUGGCCUUAAUGGCUGGAUGGAGCAGAGGUGCCCUUUAGCAUUCUAUGGAUGUACCUACUCCCAAAGAAGGUUCUGCCCUUCUGUACAGGGCUCUAGAAUAAUCCAUGACCGGUUCCUGGGCUCAUUUGGUGUGCAGUCUGGCUUAGCUGCACGUCCAGGUGAACCCCUCUCUCGAAGCACCUGCCAAUAUGGCUCUCACUGUGAUCACCUCAGCAGCUUACCCUUUGAGCUACUGCAGCAUGUUGCAAACUUCCUCGAUGGCUUCAGUCUCUGCCAGCUCUCUCGAGUGUCUCGUACCAUGAGAGAUGUUUGUGCUAGUCUGCUACAGUCACGUGGCAUGGUGGUCUUACUCUGGGCGAAGACGAGAUGUGCAGAUGGAUCUCCCUCUUGGCAAAUUCAAGACAAGGUCUGGAGAUUCAGCACAGCCUUUGGAACGGUGAAUGAAUGGAAAUUUGCCAACAUCUCCAGCAUGGCUGACCACCUAAAGACGUGCAAGUUUAACACAGUUGCUCGCAGAGAGGAGGCCAUUCCUUUGCCUUGCAUGUGUUGCACAAGAGAGCUUACUAAAGAAGGACGUUCACUGCGCUCGGUUCUUAAACCAGUGUUGUAGGGAGUUCAAGUGCAAUAUAAAUGUGCUGCUCUAGAAGUUUAGAGAUGGACAAAUGUUUUAGUACUUUUAGUACUUCAGCUCUUCUGAUAAAAAAUACUUUUCAAUAAGGUUAUUAAUUUUUUAUGAGAAGAACACUAUGCGAAGUGGAGCCUUAAUAUAUUGACACACUUGACUUCCUUAUGACUUGGCUUUUUUCUAAUAAACAUAUGCUGGGUAAUUAUUGAUAUACUUUUGCACAGAUGAACCCAAAAAUAUUGUGUCAUAUAUAUAUAUAUAUAUCAUGUGUCAUGGUUGUGAGGCAUGAACUUUCUAAGGCAGAAAAGAUUUAUAUUCAAAUGAUGAUGACCAAAACGAGGUUAUCUUGCUUAUUAGUCUGGAUAGAAUGUGAAAUGUGACUACAUUUACACACUACAGUAACUACAGUUAAAUACAGCUUUUUUUUUUUUUUUCAGUAAACAAACAGGUUCAAAUAUAAUUCUUGAAUGGUGGAAUACUCCUUUCUACUAGUUAAGACGAUCUUAAAUCUAAAAUGUAUAUUUGGUUUUAAUAUACAAUAUGUAGCACUUUAAACAUUUGAAGUUUACUUUUCAAAAACUAUUAGUGAACUGAAGCAGAACUGUUACUGAAAUUUCAUGAUGCUAACCUAGCACUGUAUCAUUCAUUUUUAUUUUUUUCUUUAUUUUGUUUUAAAAAAUUAUGAGUUUGUGAUAUUUUUUGCUGUAAAAUCUGUAAAACGUAUUGUUUUGCUUUCUUACAGUUGUGUAUGUCCUUUAAUGCUUUUGGUUAAUUUCCUGUUUGACAAAUCUACUUUUCAACUGCUGUCUUGUCUUGAUAAAAUGAGCUAUACAUAAAAGCCUGCAGGACAGGUGUGGAUUCCUGGUGUUCAGAUAGCAAAAAUUGCUUAUUUGUCAGACAGGUCACUUCACAUUUUCUGCAGCUGUUUGACACAUUUCCAGAAGUAUCUUGUAUUCCUCUCAGGGUUCUAAAUAUGAAAAACUGACUAAGAAUGGACAUUUCUGUCUACAGAAGGAAACUUGAAAAACUCUUAAUCGUACUUGUGUUUGAGAUGUUCAAAAUUUUGAAGAAAAAAAGGCAAAAAGGGGUUUACAGUUACAAAAACUUUUCUGUUUUUGUUUUAUGUUAGUAUGAUAAACGUUCUGAUAGUUUCAUCUAUUUUAAGUUUGAGGAAUCUGAUUACAGCAGUCUGAGUUACUAGAAUGUUUAAAAUAUAUCAUACAUUAGUUUGUUUGAAAUCAAUGUUCAUAAAUUCAUUCAUUGUCAGUGUGCGGAGUUUCAGUUUAACAUGGAAAUGCAUGUUAGAAAGUUUAAUCAUAGUUUUGCAUUGGCUGCAGAUGAACUGUGUAAUUUGACAAAGUUGGAGUGGAUGUCUGUAUAUUUGCAUGGAUUCUUACCAGUCCAUUGUUGUGAUUUAGAACAUUGAGUAUUAUAUAUUUUUAUAUAAAAGACACUUUUGUCUUGUUCUGAUCUUUUAUACCAGAGGAUUUAGCAUUAAUGUACUGAUAAAACACCAGCAAAAUUACAGUACUGUUAUGGAGAAGUGCUUGUUGUCUUAUUCCUGAUGCAUGGAAUGCUUAAUUCUGAAUGCAUUGCAGAAGAGGCAAAAUGUUAAGAUUUUAACCCUGCACAACCUGAAACACUUGUUUUGUGUGUAUUAUCUAAUGCAUUUUGGCUACAUUUAUUUAAUAAAAGUGAAAUCCACAGGUCAAA